AUGUCGCUGGGGAAAAUAGACGCUAGUGAUGAAAAUCUUCGUAAACAUUUUGAAUCGGCGUCAAAAAACGUGACAUUUGUCAGUAUAACUGUUCAAAAUGAAUUGAUAAAUAUAUGCGGCUCAAUCAUAACAGACAAACUUAUAAAAGAGGUGAAGGACAGUGAUUUUUAUUCAAUUUUAUGUGACGAAACUUCAUAUUUGGCGCAUAUUGAACAAAUGAGUUUAUCUGUUAGAUAUGUAGAUACAACAACAUGUACAAUUAAAGAAAAUUUUAUUUGUUUUGUAUCUGUAUUUGAAUGUACUGGUGAAAACUUGGCUAAUGUAAUUAUUCAAAAAUUGAAGGAAUUAGGUUUAAGUUUAGAAUUUUUACGUUGCCAAGGAUACGAUGGAGGUGCUAAUAUGUCGGGGAAAUAUAAAGGAGUACAAGCUAGAAUUCUUAAUUUACAACCAAAAACGUCUUAUACACAUUGUGCAUCACAUCGGUUAAAUUUAACAUUAUUAAAAGCUUGCAAUGUACUACCCAUAAAAAAAUUAUUUUCGACCGUUAAAGAAGUAUGCAAUUUUGUACGUGAUUCCCCGAAAAGAGUUGAUUUGUUUAAAAAAGUAAUCACUGAACAUUUACCGACAUCAAAAUCUAUUAUUUUAAUAAAACUAUGCGAAACGCGAUGGGUUGAAUCUCAUGAGGCGAUUCUUAGAUUUUCGGAUAUGAUUUUGCCUAUUAUAAUAUUCUUGGAAGAUGUAAUAGGUAAUACAGAUGGAAAUAUACUUUCAAAAUGCAAUGGACUUCUUCAAUCAGUAUUAAAUUUUGAAUUUAUUUUGUCUUUGGAAGUAGCGGUCGAAAUACUGUCAAUAACUUUUCCAAUAUCACGUCAGCUACAAAAUCCAGAUUUAGAUUUAACAAAGUGUAUUGAAAUGAUAAAUCUUGUGUUGCUUGCUCUUAAAAAUAACAGAGAAGAUACAAAAUGUACUGAUAUUUUUAAUCGAGCUGUGUCUAAAGCAGGUGUAUUAAAUAUUGAUGUUAAAAUUCCACGGAUAUGUAAAAGACAAGCUCACCGAUCAAAUUUAACUACUUCAAGUACUGAAGAAUAUUUUAAAAUUACAGUUUAUUUUACCAUUUUGGAUAAUUUUAUAACGUCUAUUCAAACUAUGUUUUUGGACAAUCAAAAUAAUAUAUUGUUUAAAAUACAACAACUUAUACCAAAUUACUUAAAUGCUCUAUCUGAAGAGGAUAUUUUAAAAGGUGCAUCUUUCUAUGAAUCAGAUUUACCAGGAACACUUAACGAAUUAAAAUCUGAAAUCAUGUUGUGGCAGUUACAUUGGGCUAAACAACCAGAAAAAAAUAAAAAAUCAGCACGGCUAUGGCAGCAUUUAAAGAGACUGAAGGUGGAUAUUUCCCAAACAUACGACAACUAUUAUUUAUUCUUGCCGUAUUACCUGUAA